GCGCUGCGGAUUAAGGCUGCCCGCCGUGCGCUUAGGCCGGCGCCGGCGCACGUUUUUGGAGAAGGCAGCCCUCUCCACGCAUGGCCCGCUCCCUCGACGCCGGCGCCUUCGCCCAGCACUACUGCAGCUACGAGUCCGAUGAUAAGGCUCGCAUAGGCGAAAGGAAGCUCAUAAAUAGCUUAAAGGACGACGAGAAGUUCGAGGAUCCCCAUUUCAAAGCGGACGGCACUUCUCUAUAUUAUGAUCCGCUGCACCCGCCGAAGUACGGGAUACCUCCAGACGUGGUCAAUUGGCCGCGAAUAUCCGAGGUGGGUUCCAUCAAGGGCGUAAUCGAACCUAUUCCAAUAAAUGAGGUGCAUGGCGGCCUGGUCCAGGGCGCUUUACGAGACAGGUGGUUCCUAUCAGCUCUCGGCCUGUUAAACACGGCAGAAAAGGUGAAACGAGUACUGGUCUCGUCGGAAUGCGCGGACAAGGGCAUAUAUACGGUGAAAUUCUUCAAGAGCGGACGGUGGCGCUACGUCCACGUCGACGACCGCAUUCCCUGCGGGCGGAACGGCACGCCGCACUUCGCGCGGUCCGUCGACCCGUCGGAAACGUGGGUCAUGGUCGUCGAGAAGGCCUACGCGAAGCUCCAUGGCUGCUACGAAGCGCUGGGUGGGGGUACCUUGGAUGAAGCGAUGGAGGACGUCACGGGCCGAGCGAUAGAACGGAUCGCGAUGCCCUCGUCGUCAGAGACGUUGUGGAACGACCUGAUCGAUGCCCUUGCCAGAGAAGGAUUGGUUGGUGUUUGUCGGAGCGUAGGGCCGCGCCGGUCCGGCGACCCCUUGACCGCCGAUUACCUCGAGCCGGACGGUCUCGUGAACGCGCACAUGUACACGGUCUUGGAGAUCAAGCACUGCGAGGCCGACGCGACGGUGGAGUACGACUACAUGGAGAAGCACAUGGUCAAGCUCACGACGCCGUGGCGCUUCGGGAAGUGGAAAGGUCGCUGGUGCGAAGGGCAUGCGCUCUGGAACGAGUACCAGCCCAUCGCGGAGCAGUGCGGCAUGAAGGAGAAACUGGAGUUGGGUGAGGAUGGCAUGCCCAUCCUACGGGAGAAGGACGCGCACGAGUUCUGGAUGGAGUGGACCGACUUCGUCGGGGCCUUCGACACUUUACUUGUGUCGAGGGAAUACGAGAAGGACGGGUCGUUCAUGUCCUAUCGAGGGACCUGGUUGCCCGGUUCCCAAGAUUCGGGCACGGGCGGCCCGCCGACGGAUGGAGAUUGGCCCCAGAAUCCCCAGUACGUGUUUGAUGUUACUGAAGCUACUAGAUUUUGCGCUACCUUAUCACAGGAAGAUAGUAGGUUCCACAAGCCGGAUCCCUUGGGGCGCGAGGACUUGUUCGGGAUCGGGUUUUCGAUCCAGCACGUCAAGGGCGGUCGGCGGGCGGCGAAGUUCAAGGCUGCGGAGAUCGUCGGCGGGACGCGAGCUUUCGACGCGAAGCGCCAGGUCUGGGCCGCCUGCUGGUUGGAACCCGGAUCGUAUACAUUGGUCCCGGCGACGCAGCCCCCCGCGUCGGUGGCCACGCCGCUCGUCAUCACCAUGUUCUCUGACAAGGUCCUGAACUUCCAGAACGCGGACGACCAGAUGCCCGACCUCGCGCCCGAGGAGGAGCACGACGCCGACUUGGAUGCGGCGUCGGCGUCGUUGGCCGAGAAAGUGUCAUCUUCGGGUGAAGCCUCUAGUACAUUCCCGGAGCCGCUCGGGUCGGAGCUCCAGGCGCUCUGGACGCAGACGGCGCACCUCGCGACGUUCAUGAAGGAGCUCAAGGGCGACUGCGACCGCCUCGAGGAGUUGAUCGCGGGCCUUGAAGGUGGUGAUUCGAAGGGGGGGAAGAAGUAAGGGACUUCCUAGGA